AUGGACAAAUCAAAUCAAAAUCAGAAGCGUCGUCGGGGCGGCGGCGGCCGGCCGAAGACACAUUCAGUCGGCUCCGGACGACGGAAGGCGCCCUCCCACCAUCGAUCUGCUUGUAAUCCCUGAGGAAAAAUUUGUGAGGUAAGAGCCAGAAGAUGAAUUGUCGCUUGUCAAAGGCGAUCAUCUCCCGAGUGCAGGACCGAGCAGCAUGCAUAGCGCCGCACGGGAACACUUCCAGGCCUAUCUCAACGCCUACAAGUACUCAACCAGAGAGGUCCGAUGAUACUUUCUCUUUUAGAAUCCACUGAACUUCAUAGCUUUUAUGGGAGAAAAUGGCAAGAAAAUUUGAGAGUAAUUACAUACUUUUCUCUUUUGUUAUGUCCUCUUAUUGAUGUUGAGCAAACAUAAAGAAUGGCCUUAGCUUACUCAGGAACUCUAGAGUGGUCCCUAUAGAAGUUAGGUUCCAAAGUAGUGGUCCCAAUAUGGUUAAAAUUAAGCUGACCCCUAUAUAAACCUGACAGUAUGCGGUCGGAUGACAAGCAUAGGUAUUUCAGAGUGGUCCCUAUAGGGGUUUGGGGAAAAAGGUCUUACAGGGGUCGGAAAAGUGGUCCCUAUAGGGGUUUAGAGUCUGCCCCCUUACCCCCUAAAACUCAAAUGGACCUUAUAGGGGCCUUUCAAUUUCAUCCAAAAACGUCUUUUUAUUCAGUUUUUCUCAUGUAGGUGCUUCUUCGCUUUGAGUUCAUCAUGCCCCUAUAGGGACCACUUCUGCAAGCUAUAGUGGCCCCUAUAGGGGUUGAUAAACAGGACCCUAAAGAGGACCCUCCUAGAGCCCCUUAGGUUGCCCCUAUAGGGACCACUCUGGAGUUCCUAACCAAGUUAGCGCGAUUUGCGAAAUCAAAUAUAAUUUUUCUUCCUCUAAAAUGUAUUGAUGAUUUUCUGUAAUCAAUGCUAAUUGGUAUUUCAGUCGAACUAAUGAAAUAAUUGAGUCGCACUUGUCCUGAAUCCGUUAGCAAUUAAUCCCGUUUUCCGAGAAAAAAAAAUCACGAAUUUUCACUUGUUUCGAAACUUUUCUCUAUGAAAACAAUAGAACAGGUCUUCUUGCAAAAAAAGAGCAACGGAAAUAAAGAUUGUUUUAAAGUAAGUAGCUUCGACGGACUAUUAAAAAAAAGUCUUUUCCGGACUAGUUGUGCACCAAAGAGGAUAUACUUCAUUCAUUCUCGUCAAUUUGUCAAUUUAAAAAUCCGGAGAAAACUUAUCGUUUUAAGCAAGGAACUCCUCUGGUGCACAACAGCGCGGCGGACGACAAGUGGAAGAAGCACAGGGCUCACAGAGCCGCAGUACAAGCCCUCCGAGACGUCAAGGUCGGAUUUUUUGUUCAUAUCAGGGAGAGCUUUCCGACAGAGGAUUUUCUGAUCACUCUUUUUUGCCGAUUUCUGAAAAUGAAUUUCCAGAGUAAUCACUAUAGGGAUUUAGGAAAAACAACCCUUAAAGGGGCCGAAAAAUUGGUCCCCAUAGGGGUUUAGAGUCUGCCCCCUUAGCUCUCAAAGCUCAAGUGGACCCUAUAAGGGUCAUUAAAUUUCAUUAGAAAAAGGCUUUUUUUCAGAUUUUUCCCAUGCUUCUUUGCUUAGAGUUCGUAACAAUUAUCGACUAGUAUGCCCCUAUAGGGGCCACUAACUGAAACAUCUAGAGGGGCCGCUUUUGUAAGCCUUCUAAUUUUUAGGUCUCUUGUUAGCGGCCCCCAUAUGGGACCAAUCUGGAGUUCCAAACUAGGGAGUAAACAAAGAAACAGGAAAACUCUAAAAAAUCAGAUAAAAACAGAAAAAGUCGGAACAGGAUUCGUUGGAAAAUUUUAAGGAUCUGCAAAAAAAAAAAAUGGGAAAUUCGCCCUUCUUUAAUUUUUUUUUUCACCCGUUUUUGUAAGGAUGUACCUGCGGCGUUUGCCGUCCAGGCUCAGCGGGACUACGACGGAUCCCUCGACCAGAAAACGCCGCUCAAAGAAGCCGUCAUAUCUUUCGCCGCGCAGGAGUUCAUCCAUAUUCAUUUGGUUUGUUCCCUCGACCAAAUAUUUAUCGCGCUUGAAGCGAUAUAACGAUUAUUGGUGGAUUGGGAGACUAGUGAAAGUCGGUUCACCGUUUGGGUUCGUGCCAACUCCUCGCAGGCUCGCCGGCUACAUGGUCAGCGAAGUUGAGGAAUCUCCGGCACAAGGGUGAGGAAGGGUAAUGUUAUCACCAGGAGUGUGGCUCGUUCAGCAAGGAAAAAGACAUCUGGGAGCCUCCAUGUCCUUACACGGUGGUGCCUUCGACAAGGCCGAUCGUUCUUCUCGGCCCGACUUCUCCAAAUUCUCGACUCACUCAGCUGCUGCAUCUUGCUCUUCGGUAACUUUGUGAGAAAGAGAGAUGUACGGCAGAGCUUUGCAGAGAAGAGAUCCUGAAGCACUUCGGCGACCAGAUACGCUACCUCAAGUCUGACAUUGGGAAUGGCUCUGGGGCUCCUGGCAGAGAACGUUCAUCUCGGCAUCCGACGCGGUGGCUGCGAGAAGGUUUCAGGACGGCUAGGGAGAAUCGGGAGGACGACGAACAGAGAGAAGUCGAGACGAUGUGGCGGCUCACGUCGCGACUUCAUCUUCUCCUGCUCGACUCGCCCAACAUCCACACUCCUGACGACGUACAGCACUUGCCGCUAGCGCCCAUCUUCUUCCUGAUCCGCGUCUCAGAUUCCAACGUAUGAAACCGCUGACUAACAACCAAUCUUUCGAUUGUAGAUCCUGCUGCGGUUGCUUCGACAGACGAACAGCUCCCGCGUAGCUCACGAAAUCGAGGUCGCCAACACUCUGAUGAACAUGAACGAUGACAGAGUAGGUGAUGAUGGGAAGAAGGACGAGGAAGCGGAUGAAGACGUCGUCGCCAAUGUUGGCCCUGUCCACGGAGGCGUGAGUCCACGACUCGGCUCAGAAAACUUGUAA